AUACUCUGGGCAGAGACGCUGCGUGCGCCCUCCCGACCGCUGGGGGGCGAACGGCGCGCAAUCAGCGUCCGUUUUCCGGCGCGCGGCCAGGGCGACCCCAGACAUGCGCAUGCUCCGGUGCGUCCCGGAGGUCGCCCGCGCCGGUGUUUAACCGCGUGUGGUGUGAAUUUAAGGGCAUCAUGUUAUGAAGAGAUGGGGGCUGCGGUGAUUCGCGCAAUCAGGAAUUUCAACCUAGAGAACCGGGCAGAACGGGAAAUCAGCAGGAUGAAGCCCUCCGCCGCUCCCAGGCACCCCUCCACCAAGAACCUCCUGCGAGAGCAGAUGAGCAGCCAUCCAGAAAUUAAGGGAGAAAUUGCUAGGAAAGAUGACAAACUGCUGUCAUUACUAAAAGAUGUGUAUGUCGAUUCCAAAGAUCCCGUGUCUUUUGUGCAGGUAAAGGAUGCUGGAACACCUCAGAAGCCAAAGGAGUUCAGGUUGCCAAAAGACCAUCAUUCUGAUAUGAUGAAUGUUAAGAACAUUCCCAAAGGCAAAAUUUCCAUUGUAGAGGCACUGACACUUCUCAAUAAUCAUAAACUUUAUCCAGACACAUGGACUGCUGAGAAAAUAGCUGAGGAAUACCAUCUAGAUCAGCAAGAUGUAAAUUCCCUUCUCAAAUAUUUCGUUACUUUUGAAGUCAAAAUCUUACCCCCUGAAGGCAAGAAAGCAAUACAAUCAAAAUGAAGAGAAUCUUGAAAUGACUUUUCCUUUAUGUACUCUGCAUCCCUGUACCCUGUUUAUUUUCUCAUUUUUAGCAUAUUAAAUUAUAUAAAUUACCAAAUGUGUUAAGCUCCCUCCUUGUGAGAGCAUGCUAUUUAUUGAGCUCUGCUGAAUUUUCAGGAUUGCUGUUAGAAUUAAUUUUGUUCUCUUUUUUUUUUUAUUAUUAUUAUUUUUAAAUUUUAUUUAUUUAUUUAUUCAUGGCUGUGUUGGGUCUUCGUUUCUGUGCGAGGGCUCUCUCUAGCCGUGGCAAGUGGGGGCCACUCUUCAUCGCAGUGCACGGGCCUCUCACCAUCGCGGCCUCUCCCGUUGCAGAGCACAGGCUCCAGACGCGCAGGCUCAGUAGUUGUGGCUCACGGGCCUAGUUGCUCCGCGGGAUGUGGGAUCCUCCCAGACCAGGGCUCGAACCCGUGUCCCCUGCAUUGGCAGGCAGAUUCUCAACCACUGCUCCUCCAGGGAAGCCCCAAUUUUGUUCUCUUUUAAACUUUAAUUUGGUUUAGGCAUAUGUUCUUAUGUAAUAUCAGCAUGACUAAUCAGCACAUGUAUAAAUUUAUUAUAAAUAAAAGAGUUAUUGUACUUUAGGCAAGUCAUAUCAUCAGCUUUUAAAUUGAUCAUAUAACCUCUUGGGAAAUGUCCUGAAUCCCUUGUUUAACAUUCAAAGCUUCACCUUCCAAUUUUGGUGGUUAGUUUAUGUAUGAAAUAACUUUUUAAAAAUAUAAACAGGAAUUGGUGUGUUUAAAAUUUUAGCAGUCUCUGCUUUGACAAACAGGUAAGUUCAAAAGCUUUCAGAGAGACAGGCAUAGUGGAACCUAUCUGAAAAAAAUAACUUUUCUCUGGACUUAGCAUAGAAAUACAAGAAAAUUUUAAAGAGUGGAUAAAUCAGAGAACUAUGGUAAAUUGAAUUUGGUGAUCAGAUACAUAUUUUUUUUCUAAUUUAAAUGCUGGUUGAAAGAAGAGAAAAAAUAGCAAGUAGAAAUAUAAAGUGUGAUCACUGGAAGGGACUUAGGAAAUUGCUGCUUCAUCCAUUUAACAAACCUCUGAGCACAGUGUGUGCCAGUACUAGGGUCUUAAGUGAGAUUGUGUAACUUGAGCUCUGUCAUAUUACUACCUGUGGGAUUUCUGGGUCGAUUGUGUGACCUCUAUGAGAUUGUAUUUCCUCUAUAAAAAGUAUAGUGCUGCCUUAUUAAAUCAAAGGGUUACUGUGAAGAUACAUAAGAUAACAAAGGACUACAAAGGACUGAACAAAUUCGACUUAUUUUUUUCCAACUGAGAAGAGCAGCCUGGGGACGUUUCAUGACCUAGCUAAGAUUAUUCUGUAGUUUAUGACAUAGCCAGGCCCAGAAUUUAGGUUUUCAAAGUCCUAGUGGUAUGUUUUUUUCAAAAAAUAUAUCUCAAAAGUGUAGAAGGUGUGAGUUGUGGGAAUCUUCAGAGAAUGUGGUAAGAAAAAUUCCAGGUUAUCAGUGUCUUUCUGAGGGAAGACAGGCAUUCCCUACUUUCCAGGGAUUUCCCUGGAAAUGGUAUGGAAGUUGCUGAGGAAUUCAGCAUGAUGAUGGAAUGAGGCAUUUGUAAUGCUGAGAAGAGAAAAACUGACUGAGAUGGGGAAGUUUUAAGCUGUAUUCAAAUGUAGUUUCAUUAUGUGAAUAAACUAUACCUACCUUAUAUUUGGUUCAAAACUAGUUCUUUUAAGAAAAAAAGAAUUCUUAAUAUAAAAAUGUAUUUUAAGACUCCGAUAACUCAAUUAUCAAAACUGUUUUCUUUUACCAAAUAAAGGUCAAUACUUGUACUUGAAUCACUAAUACUGCUAUUUCUGAGCCAUCUUCCCUAUUCAGAUCUACACUGUGGUUAGGCAGCUGUAAAUAUAGCUGUUGUUAUGUGGUGUCACAUGAUAAAAUAAAGUACUUCCCAUAUCAUU